AUACAUAUACACAUACAUACAUUUUUUUCUUUUUGUGUCAUUGUGCGUUCCAAAACCAAAAUCACAUUUUUGCGAUGCAUUUGCAUUGCAAAUUAUAGAACAAAAAUGAGGUGUUUUUGUGUGGCGAAAAGGCAAUAACAACAAUGAUAACAAUGAAUUGAUGUACAAGUUGCAUAACGAACGUCGUCGGGGUCGUCUAUGUAUGUCCGUCGCUGAGCAGUCGCAAUUUCCAGAAAACCACACACACACACACACUAACACACACUAGAGCACACUCAACGCCAUCAAAACAGCAGAAAAAGCAGAUUUUGAAUGGCGUAAAAAGUGUGAAAACUACACAAAUAACUAAACUAAAAUCGAAAUCGAGUGUGCAUUUUGCUACUUUCCAUAGCAAAUGUGUUGUGGCAGCCGCAGCAGACGCGCAGCAUUAGCAGCAGCAACAGCAGCAGCAGCCCAGCCAGCAGCGUCAGCCACCUUUCCCUCCUACACCACGCCACAAGCCAGUACAAUACCAAUACAAACGCAUUUGCUGCUACGGCCGACAAAGAAAAACGAGACUCUGGCUCUGCUUCUUCUUCUCAAUCGUACAGUUCCUACUACGACGACGACAACAACAAUAUUUGACUCAGCUGCCAAGCCAAAACAUCUAUUGAAAUUAAUUCAAAUCGCUGUAAAACUGUGCGUGUUGUGUUGUCUCUUCGAUUCGCAACGAGAAAACGGCUUGCAUGUGUAUUUAACAAAUCGCAAAGCAUCAGCAGUAAAAGCACAAGAAGAAGACGUAGUCAACGCGUGUGUGUCUGUUUGUGCGUGUGAGCCAUGAGUUUGUUGGCAACGCCCGCGGGCGUCCCGAGCGCUGCCGCUCUCUCAACAUCAACGGGCAGCGUCGCCGCAAGCGGCAGCAGCAGCAGCAGUAGCAGCAACAAUAAUAAUAAUAACAACAACAACAACAACAAUUUACCGUUUGAGAAGGACAAAAUCUGGUACUUCAGCAACGAGCAGCUGGGCAACUCGCCCAGUCGCCGCUGCGGCAUCAAGUGCGACGAUGAGCUGCACUACAGACAAAUGACGGCGUAUUUGAUACAGGAGAUGGGCCAGCGACUGCAGGUGUCGCAGCUGUGCAUAAAUACGGCAAUUGUUUAUAUGCAUCGAUUCUAUGCGUUCCACUCGUUCACACAUUUCCAUCGCAAUUCCAUGGCCUCGGCCAGUCUGUUCCUGGCCGCCAAGGUGGAGGAGCAGCCCCGCAAGCUGGAGCAUGUGAUUAGAGCGGCCAACAAGUGCCUGCCACAGACAACCGAACAGACCUAUGCAGAUCUCGCCCAGGAGCUCGUCUUCAAUGAGAACGUACUGCUGCAGACGCUCGGCUUCGACGUGGCCAUCGAUCAUCCGCACACGCAUGUGGUGCGCACGUGCCAGCUGGUCAAAGCAUGCAAGGAUCUGGCGCAAACCUCCUACUUCUUGGCCUCAAACAGCCUGCAUCUGACCUCGAUGUGCCUGCAAUAUCGACCCACGGUGGUUGCCUGCUUCUGCAUUUACUUGGCCUGCAAAUGGUCGCGCUGGGAGAUACCACAAUCGACUGAGGGCAAGCACUGGUUCUACUAUGUGGACAAGAGCGUGUCGCUGGAGCUGCUUAAGCAGCUGACGGACGAGUUCAUUGCCAUUUACGAGAAGAGUCCGGCUCGGCUAAAGUCCAAGCUCAACUCGAUCAAGGCAAUCGCCCAGGGCGCCAGCAAUCGCACGGCCACCAACAGCAAAGACAACAAGCCGAAAGAAGACUGGAAGAUGAGCGAGAUGAUGAAGGGCUAUCACUCCAACAUCACGGCGCCGCCGGAGCUAAUGAACGGCAACGACAGCCGCGACUCUUCGCAGUCGGCGCUGUUGCCGCCGCCGAGCAUGGUGCCCUCGCAGCAGAGACGCAGCGAUGGCAGUCAUCAGCGUUCGUCAUCGGUGGGCGGUGCUCCAGGUAACUCGUCCUCUUCUACCUCCUCCUCAUCGAAUCACAAGUUGCCAAACUAUCCAGGCGCCCUGCCGCCCGAGGCACACGGAGAUCACAAAUCGAAACAACCCGGCUACAGUAGUCGUGCGCCCUCCGGCCACCAGUCGAGCUCCUCAUCAUCGGCGCAGCGUGGCAGCAGCGGCAGCUCUUCGGCGGGCAGCGGUCAACGCAGCUCGUCGAGCCAACCGUCUGGACGACUACCCAUGCCCAUGGACUAUCACAAAUCCUCUCGAGGCAUGCCGCCCGUAGGCAUGCAACCCCACGGCGGCCACAAGAUGUCAACUAGUUCCAAGCCGCAGCAGCAGCCGCCGCCGCUUUUAGACAGUCGCAGCAGCAGCUCAUCCGCCUCAAGUGCAGCGUCUGCAGCGGGCGUUUCCUCCAAAGAUGUCAGCAAGUCGGGCAGCAAUAAAAUGUAUCCUAAUGCGCCGCCGUCCUACAGCAACAGCGGACCCAGCAAUCCACUCAUGUCCCGCGGCGGUUACCCGAGCAGCAGCGCAGGUGUUGGCAACAAUGGUGCGCCGCCGCCACCCGCUGGAUAUGGCAGCUCGCAUGGCUCGCAUCGCAAUAAAUCCGUCUCGUCAUCAAGCUCAUCGUCAUCCGUCCACAGCAUGCCGCCGUACGAGCAGCAGCUGCCCUAUGGCCAGAGCCAGGCAGUGCCCAACUACAAUCAUAUGCAGCAGCAGCAGCAGCUGCCGCCGCUGGAUGCAGGCGCCACCUCAAUGUCGCAGCAGUCGCAGCAGCAGCUGGGCAAGAACAAUUCGCUGUUCAGUCCCGAGUGGAGCGACAUUAAGAAGGAACCGCAAUUCAAUGGACUGUUGCCUCCGCCGCCGCCAGGACCUGCCCACGACAGUCUAGGCUACAAGCUGAACAGUCAUGCGCGAGAUCGCGACAGCCCCAAGAAGGAUCGCCUGACGCCCACCAAAAAGGACAAGCAUCGCAGUACCCUGCCGCACGGCAGCAGCUCGAGCAGCACUGCCAACAAGCCCAUGCUGCCGCCGCACAAGAAACCACAUGGAGAGCUGCUGCCCAACGAGCUGGCGGGCCCCAGUCGCGAUGUGGGCAAUCUGAAGCGCGCCAACGAGAUGUCCGGCAGCCAAUACGGACUCAACAAGCUGGACGAGCACGACGGCAGCUUGCCGCGCGAUAAGCUGCGCAAGCUGGACAACAGCGUCGGUCUGCCGGGCUACCCCAGCUAUGAGGAGAAGCAUGCGCCGCUGUCUAUGUCGAAUGGUGGCAUUGAGACAACGCCCGAUCUGGUGCGCACGCUACUCAAGGAGAGCCUGUGCACAACAAAUGGCUCGCUGCUGAAGCCCGAUGCGCUGACCAUGCCCGGACUGAAGCCGCCGGCCGAGCUUUUGGAGCCGAUGCCGCCGACCACUCAGCUGCACAUGAAGAAGGAUUCGCUGGCUGCACCCACAAAUUUGAUGAGCAACAAUUUGUCUGCGGCACCUGCCAUGGAGCUUGAUGCUCUGACCAAGCUGGGCGAUGCCAAGGAACUGGAGGCUGCCGGCAAGUCCGAGAAGAAAAAGAAGAAGGACAAGCACAAACACAAGGAGAAGGACAAGUCCAAGGACAAGCCGGACAAGGAGGAGCGCAAGAAACACAAAAAGGACAAGCAAAAGGAGCGCAGCAGCAAGGACACAUCCAUGGACUCGCUCAAAUUGGUCAUCAAGACGAACACGGCCACCGUCAAUCCCAACGGCAGUCUCCAAGUGGGCGCCGCCGCGCCGCUCAAACUGAAGAUCAGCAAGAACAAGGUGGAGCCGAACAACUAUUCCUCUGCCGCAGGGCUAAUGUCGAUGCCAACAGCGCCUGGCUUUGGCAUGGCACCACCUGCGCCGGGCACAGCUCCCCCAGCAGGCGUGCCUGCCGGUGGCCAGCAGCAGCAACCCGUGCUGCCCGGCUAUGGGGGCUACAACAGCUCGUCGAACAGCACGAGCAGCAGCAGCAGCAGCAAAAAGAAACACGGCGAUCGGGAUCGCGACAAGGAGAGCAAGAAGAGCAAAACUCAAGACUAUGCCAAGUACAAUGGAGUCUCUGGCGGCGGGGCCGUUUAUGCGCCUCUAGGCGGUGCUGGCGCCGCGUCCAACACGCAGGCGUCAGUCGCCAGCCUGCUGGGUCUGCCGCCGAGCAUGACGACCGCGUCGUCAACGGCCAACUCCUCCACCUCCUCCGCGUCGAUGGUGAUGGCGCCCACAAGUGUUGCGGCUGGCCUUGUACCCGCUGCGCUGCCCAUCUACAACAAGAAGUAGUCGUAGUCAACGUAGUCGUAGUCAACGUAGUCGCAAGUCGCCAGCCCCCGCAGCUCCCGAGUCGUCCCCGUUGUUCUCGCUGCAGUUAACCACGUCGUGUUUUUUUUUUUUUUCAACAAACCAACCACAAGUUUACAACCUUUGAUAUAGUUUGUAUGUAAUUGUAACCUAUUAAGCAUACGGUAGUCGUAAUUGUUGGUGAGAUGCAUUAGUUGGCUAAGUUAUUAAUCGGAACCAUUUUAGUUAAGCGCAAACCCCGCUAUCAACUACCGACAUCGCCGAUCCCGAUACCGAUCCCGGUCGGGUAGUUGUGUCCCAGCAUCUAAUGAUAAUGAUAAUCAAUCAACUCGAAGACAAGCAAAACUUCAAAAACUUUUGUACAGCAUUAAUUAAUUUGUAAUUAUAACACCCACACACACACAACCACAAACACACACACGUACGUACACACACACACAUAUACACACCUAUAGACCUAUACACAUACAGAGAAUAUUUGUAAAAGGAUUAUAUUGUAAAAGCAACUCCUUUCGAUUGCAGCAACAGCUCAUCUAUAGCUGAGCAGCACGGCCGUUUAGUAUAUAAGUUAGUAAAUCAAAUACCCAUACAAGUGCACACACACACCCACACCUAUACACACACACACACACACAUUGAACUGUUGUAUAUAGCCACCAGAGAAACAAUUUCCGCUUAGCUAAAAAUACGGCCCCAAACUAAUGCAAAACAAAAAAAAAAAAAACAAAAAAACGAAUCGUAAUUUUUGAAAAAAACAUUCAAUUUAAAUCGAGGAGCAAAUCGAGUGCCGUGCGCUUUAAUUAUAAAUUAAAGAUGCGCGCGUGCGCUGUUAAACAAAUAAAAAAAAAAAAGAAUAAAAACAAUUUAGAAACCACUCGUAAUCUAAUAACACACAUACAAACAAACACACGUAAAUUAUUUGAAUUAAAUAAUAGUAUGAGAAUGAACGCCGUUAAA